GAGUCUACGACCGGGGCCUUGUCGAACGUCGUUGGCAAAGACGCCUGCUCGAACGUAUGAUGAGGUGUUGAAGAGGUGCAAGAAGUACAUCAACCUGGAGGAAACAGAGGCUGAGUUUGCCAAGCUCGAAGAGGUGGCGAGGCCCGACCAGAGGAGGGGAAAGCCAAACUCACCCAGACGGGAGUCACCCAAGAGGAAUCCUCAGAAGAGUGGCCCAUUCAGGAGAUCGUCGCCCAAGAGGGAUGGGCGAAAUUCGUUUCAAGGAGGACGAGAAGAUCGCUGGCAAGGGCGACCUCGACUACCCAACGGGCAAAGAUAUAACAAUUUUACUCCUCUUAACGCUCAGAUGGGCGAAGUCCUGGUAGCCAUGGAGGAAAAGCUGGAUGGCAAGGAGAUCACAUGGCCAGCGACAAGAUUCGACGGACCGACCAAGCCAAGGUCGGGCAGGUACUGCAGAUUCCAUAGGGAUUAUGGGCAUAACACAGCAGACUGCAGACAUCUGAAAGACGAGAUCGAGCGCUUAAUAAGGGCAGGGCAUUUAAAAGAAUUUGUAAUCCAGGAUCGACCACGAGGAAAGGAGAAAAGGAGGU